AACUCUCAUGGCUGCACCAGUAGUUGACGUAGACUACCGCAAGGAAAUCGGCAAGGCUCGUCGAGACCUUCGCGCUCUCAUCUACAACAAGCAAUGCGCUCCUAUAAUGCUCUGUUUAGCGUGGCACAAUGCUGGGACCUAUGAUGCCAAAACGAAGACUGGAGGUUCUAAUGGCUCAAUCAGGAGUGGGGUGGAGUUGAAACAUAGUGCAAAUGCUGGUUUGGAAAUCGCAGUUGGAUUCUGCAAAGAAGUAAAGUCUAAACAUCCAAAGAUUACAUAUGCUGAUCUCUACCAGCUUGCUGGCAUUGUUGCAGUGGAAGUCACUGGAGGCCCCUCUACUGACUUUGUUCUAGGAAGGAAGGAUUCAUUGGAAUCUCCUGAAGAAGGGCGCCUUCCUGAUGCUAGACAAGGUGCAAAGCAUUUAAGAGAUGUCUUUUAUCGCAUGGGCUUAUCUGACAAGGACAUUGUGGCAUUGUCUAGAGGCCACACAUUGGGAAAGGCACACAAGGAGAGAUCAAGAUUCGAAAGUCUACCUUGGACAACUGACCCUUUGAAGUUUGAUAAUUCGUAUUUUGUGUAAGAAAUCAAUGAAAACUUAAUUUGGUAGAGAAGAAAAACCUAUAACAAACUCAUUUCCAUUUGACAAGAUGAUAUUGUACAUGGUACAUGUAUGUUAUGAUGGACAAAAUCAG